GAUAAAUGCCAGUGCUCAAGUAUUUUCUGCACAUUUCAAUAGACGCAACCGCUUGAACUGGACAUUGGUCCAGUGUUGGGACUGGACUGACGCGGUUUCCGAUCAAAAUGCAGUGCCGCGGAAGUUUUGUCCUGUUGUGUUUGAGUGUGAUUGCCGUCGCUUCCGCCGGAUCUUUUGGAGAUGGGCUAAAGCUUUUAGGGAAAGUGUACAAGAACUGCGAACACUCCCAGGAAAUUAUUAAGUGCUUCAAGGUCCAUGCCGCGAAAUUCGCUGAUAGGGCAGCCCGUAUGGAAACACUUCCACUUGUGGAUGGUGUAUCGUUAGUCAAAAGGUCAGAUUCAGGGAGAGCAUUCCCCUCAUCUCUACCAGAAGGCGACUUGAAUUCAUUACCUUCGGAUCAAAUUGACAAAUACCUCAACCUUGCUACUACAAAGUUACUGCAAACUCAUCGAGUUGUAAUAUCACCAGGUUCAGUAGGAGAUGAUGUAGGAAGAUCGAUAAAUGAAGCGAGAGGUAAACUGAAGAAGUUGAUUGGGCCGAUUAUUGCUGGAGUUGCCAUUAAAGGCGGUUUCCUCGCAAUAGCCUUCCAGGCGAUUGCCCUUAUUGCUGGAAAAGCUCUACUUAUUGGCAAGAUCGCAUUAUUGCUUUCGGCGAUUAUCGGACUAAAGAAGCUGGUAUCAGGCGGUGAAUCCCACGAGAAGACAACCUAUGAGAUCGUAAAACAUCCUCAAGUUUCCCAGAGUCACACAUAUUCCUCGUCCCAUUAUGGAAGCGACUUCGAUGCCACUGGUCCAGGAGGUCACUACAGAAGAAGUGUUGAAGAUGAGGCUGCAGCCCAGGAUAGAGCUUAUCGGGCCUAUGCCAAAAAGCAGUAGAAAUAAGAUGUUUUAAGAAAAUGACUUACGACUCUUAACAAAAGACAACGACGAUAAAAUGGGCAUUAUAAUACGUAGCACGAACGGAUGUAUUUUGGCCCUUUUGCUAAUGCAAAUAGGAAACAAAGAUUAUUUAUAUUAGAUAUUGUAAUGCUUGAAAUCGAUUUAGAAAAAUAUAUUAAUGCUAGUAGACUAAUUUAUG